UUACGUAAGUUGGCGGGUGUCAUCUUCGGAUUCCCCAAGACAAGGAGGGAAACGAACAGAGAGAGAGAGAAAAAACGGCCGCCAUGGCUAACCUUAAAAACCUUGAAGAAGCUUAUGUAAGUUGAUAGCUAUGGAAAGGGGCGUCCAGAGAUGGGCUGUUGACAUUUCUCAGUGGAACCCUUCUCCUCUUGAGUUCUCCUCUGUCCUAACUCUUCUCCCUCGCCAUGAACAUUCCUCCAUCCUUAGAUUUUUUAAGAUGGAAGACAGGAAACGUGCACUUGUGAGUCGUUUGCUUCAGUAUGCUCUUGUACAUUAUAUAUUGAAAAUCCCAUUCAAUGAAAUAAUUAUAAAGCGCACGUUGGAAGGCAAGCCAUAUCUGGAAUGUGAUAAACUUGCCUCAGAAUUUCCCAAUUUCAAUUUCAAUGUAUCACAUCAUGGUGAUUUUGUGGUUAUAGCAUCAGAACCUCUGUGCCUUGUGGGUUUGGACGUUGUCUCUUACACCACUCCCCAAAAUGAGGAUACCAUUGAAUUUGUUAAAAACUUCUCUUCUUACUUUUCAAGUUUAGAAUGGAAGAAUAUCGUGAAUGCUGGCUCUAGCUUCAGUGUUUUAGUUGAAUUCUACAGAUACUGGUCUCUCAAAGAAGCAUAUGUGAAAGCUAUCGGAAGUGGAAUGGCAUCCGGGCUGGAGCAAGUCGAGUUUCUUCAUAUUGAGUGGAAUGACAUACAGGUUAAAGUUGGAGGGGAAAUUCUGAAAGAAUGGAGAUUUUGGAUCUCAGAGCUCGGAAAUGGACAUUGUGUGGCAGUUGCCAAGGGGCACCCGAGGUUCGCUACGGAGAGCUACCAGAUGACUCUAAGGAGGUCAGAGUUUGACAGUAAUGAGUAUCAUGCUGGUCUUCUUCUUCCUAAUGUCAGCUUUGAGGCAAAAACUGUAGAACAACUAAUUUCCAUGUCCAUGGAGUGAGGCUUUGAUCCCUGAAGACAGAUUGCAAUAGACAUAUUAAUGGAUAUACUCUCAAAUGUUUUAAUAAAUUGAUCCCUGAAAAAGGGGUAUUUUUAAAAGUAGAAAAAAUUGACAAACUAUUUAUACUUUACAGAAUAAAAUCACUAAAAACCAAAAUUUAUUUUA